GGAAGUGGUGUGACGCAGUCUGGUUUCGGUGGUGAUGGCCGCGGUCAUGGUUCCGUGCUCUCUCUCGCGGCUUGUGCUGAGGGCUCGGGCACCGCUUGUCGCCGCUUAUCACAAGAAGGUGGUGGACCACUAUGAGAAUCCCAGAAAUGUUGGAUCCUUGGAUAAAAAUGCAAAAAAUGUUGGAACAGGACUGGUUGGUGCACCAGCUUGUGGUGAUGUCAUGAAACUACAGAUUGAGGUGGAUGAAAAUGGGAAAAUUAUUGAAGCGAGAUUUAAAACAUUUGGCUGCGGAUCAGCAAUUGCAUCCAGCUCACUGGCUACAGAGUGGGUGAAAGGGAAAACGGUGGAUGAAGCUUUGACGAUUAAGAACACAGACAUUGCUAAGGAGCUAUGUCUCCCUCCAGUCAAACUGCACUGUUCAAUGCUUGCUGAAGAUGCAAUCAAAGCUGCUCUGGCUGACUACAGAGUGAAACAACAAAAGAAAAAGUGACUACAAACUUUACACAACAAUGCGUCAACAACUAAGUGAUAACUUUUGCAAUGAUCCCUUUGUGUAAAAGAACUUCAAAUAAUUUAUCUGCUCAAUUGUUACAUUAUAAGAAAAGCAGUAGCUAGAUGUCAGUUUAUUAAAUGGACUCUUGAUGUGUGAUUCCAUUUGUGCCUUGUAUUUGAGUUAGAAAAUUAUUUUGGAAAAGUUCAGUUUCUUGACGUAUUAAUAAUAUUGUUGAGAAUGUAAAUAACUUGAUUUAGCUGAAAUGGGUUUGAUUAUAAUAUUUGUACUUAGCAAAAUAUAAACAUAAGUAAUUAGUUUCUUAUCCGUCUGUUUGAAUUUCAUCAAGAAUUAAGACUUUAACAGUGUAGCAAUCUGUUUCACAAUUCAACAGAUAUGGGUUUAAAUCCCACAGCUGUUCAUUUCUGCUGGCUGAGGUUACUCAAGAGCUACUUGUUUUUUUUUGUGCUUCUAAAACGAGAACAGCAACAGAAGCAAAACUGUUAUUUCAUCUCUACCUGCACAGUGCACCUUCCAGAAUGACAUUGGUGUCAUAUAUUUAAUUAUUCAACAUUAUAACAGAUGACGAAUCUUGUCAUUUCACUUAUAUAUUGCCAAAGAACUACUCAAAGAUUCACUGCGUAAUUAAAUUUUGCUUUAUAAUUUCACUCCUGUAGUACAUGUUGUCUGAAUUCUUGUUACAUUUUAAGUUGCAGUAAUUCUGAACUAAGUCACUGAAAGACAGUGAAAUGUCUAAUCAGUAAUCUAAGAAUACACAUCCUGAUAAAUUUAUUUAGUUUCAAAUUACAAUGGCACCAUUUAAGGAAAUACUACUACAUCUGUCAUGAAUGUUCCAUUAUUUAAUGUAAUUUUUAAAGUAAUUUCCCAUGUUUUUAAAUGUAAUCAUUUGUCCCAGUUCGGUUUAAUCUAUUUUUAAGAAAUUGUCUUGGUACACAACUGAUUUUCAAAAGCAGACGUAACUUUUAACUUUGAAGCCAAUUAUGUUUUAAAUCAAAGUUGCUUCAUUAGCUUUAAAAUUCCCUUUGCAGCCAUAAGCCACAGCUACUGAAAAUAGCUUUGUUAAUGGGAUAGGCACACUAAAGCUGGGCAUGCAUGUCUCUGUUUGACCUGGUUCUCUAUUUAUUUUCAAGCUACAAUGAUUAGUCAUUUGCUGUAGAUUAGAUGUCAAGUGGUUGCCCGUUCAUUUCUGGAAUAGAGGUAGGUUACUUCGAGGGGCCAACUCUCAAAUAGGAAAAGAGAUAAGGGUACCUGUAAUGUAGAAGGGAGGAUGUUGAGAAGGUGUAUGUAGUUUUAUUGCCUAGCUUACAGAUGAAUGAGAAACAAAGUUUGAAAGAUAAAAUGGUUGUACAAAGCCACCCAUUCCAUCUGGAAGAUUUUCAUAUCCUACCAGUAUUGAUCAAACCAUGUGAGCCCACCAUCAGAAUGUAUGGCAUAUUUAUUUGUGGUAUCUGAGCUUAUAAAAGGGAUUACAACUUGUGUAAUAUUUGGUGAAUUUACAGGCGUCAUCGCUCAGGUUUCCUGUUUGCCAACUGAAGGCAUAUGAAUAAUAUCAAAUUUAGGUCAUAAAUGUCUUUGUGCCAAUAGUCAAUAUGGGCACAGCUGAAUGCAACACAAACUUGAUACUGGAAGGUAGAGUAUCUGAAGAAAAGCAAUGGAAUUUUAGUGGUGACAAAUCAGUAGCUCUAGUCUUGCAGUUAGUUCUCAAUGCAAGGCAAACUGAUGGUACAGUUUUGAAUGUAACUUUUCUCUUAAACUGCAAAACAAUUGAUAAGACCUAAUGCCUGAGUUCUUAAAGUGCAAGUAAUGUUUGACUAAUUGAUAUCAUUCCUGAAGAAGGGCUCAUGCCCGAAACGUUGAUUCUCCUGCUCCUUGGAUGCUGCCUGACCUGUUGUGCUUUUCCAGCAACACAUUUUCAGCUCUGAUCUUCAGCAUAUGCAGUCCUCACUUUCUCCUCAUUGAUAUUAUUGUUUUGUAAAGUUACAACUGGUAUAAAUAGCACGGAAAAGUAAGGUCCUUAUUUAUCUGUUAAACCUUUGUCGUGCAAUUUAUACUUUGUCAAACUUUAACUGCAUUCUGUGUAAAUGUUUCUUUGCUUUGGGAAGGAAUGAACUUCCUAGUUACAAAUAAUAAAAUUCUCCAUUUCUGAUGA